GAUAUCAGGGAAUUCCCUGUUAACCAUUUUUAAUGCAUCUCAUUUUAAUUCUCACAACAGGCCUGUGAAGUGGCAAGUGUCAUUUUCCCCAUUUUAUAGCUGAGAAAACUGAGGUACAGGUAUGCCUCAAGUUGCAAAGUUGUUGCUAGUUAAGCCAGAAUUUGAACCCAUGCAGUCAGGCCUUCCAGGUAAGACUUUAGGAGGUUGAGAUUAGUGUAUGAGUCAGCGUAUGGCCGUCAGCCACAAGGCACAGACUCACUCACACCAAAGUAGGGAAAGUCUCACAUUACUCAGGGGAGGUUCAGAGAUGACCAGCCUUCAGGUACAACUGGAUCCAGGGGCCCCCAGACAGUGACUUCAGCGUUCCAGCCCUCUAUCUCCAUCCCUCAGGCAGGCUUUCUCCAACACAGCCAGCAGCCCCUGACUCACAUCCUAUCAUUGUUAGUAUCUUUCCACUGCACUAAAACGCUCCUGGGGGGCCUCUGGUUGGCCCUGCCAGGUCACAUGCUUACUCUGUGACUAGGGUUGAGGGUGGGGUCAGUGCAAACACCACAAAACCCCCUGGGAAGGAGAGGAUAGGAACCAGAUAGACCCAAAUCAGUGAAGUCAACUACAAGAAGAGUGGACUACGAGCUUGAGGGGUGAAGAAGGAACCUGGUGCCAAGAUGGUUAGAUAUUUGUCUGCAGUUCACAUACAGGAUUCGAGAUGGAGCAGGGUGGUCUAUCCUUACGGUGAUCAUGUUAGGAUCAUUUCUGAUGGAGAAUUUGGGUUUGUGGGCUGUUAUGGUUUUGUUUCUGGAAGAGGAUAAUUGCAUGCUGGCCCUUGUUGAGGUGAGACUUGGGUGACUGUCUAGUGGGUGCUGAUUGGAGAAGGCUUGGAGGCGAGACUUUCGGGUGAAUGGCCCGGGGGUGCUGAUGGCAUUGGGGUUGGUGAAGAGGGUAGGGAUGGCACUGGGGACAGUGUGGUGGCAGAGGCGGGAGCUGAACAGCAGGAGGGUGUGGGAAGGAGACGGUUGAGUUGUGGGUCUUGGGUCUGAGAUGGACUGAUGAGCAAGCGGCGUCAUGGUUAGGGAUGUGGGCAGCCAUGGCACAUGGAGAUGCAGUUUGGGAGGAAUGUAAGGGAGGUGAGCUGUGCCAUGCAUGGGCAGGGUUUGGUGGAAAUGAUGCUGGGAGAAUUAAACAUUUCGUGAGGGGUGUGGUGGUGGGGUGAGGAGGGAGGUACCACUUUUAGAGCUGAUGAUGGAACUCUGUGUGGGUGUGAGGAGCUGAUGAUGGUUAUUCCGUGGGACGUGAUGGUUUCAUAGAGUAAUAGAGGUAGAAGGACUUAGCUGCACUCUUACGGAGGAGGAUGGAGGCCAAGCCCACCUGAUGGCUGCAGCUGUGAUGUGGAGUCACUGGAAGCCCAACCCCACUGGCAGCCUGAGGCCGCGGUUCCCCAGGGUUUCCUCUCCGCACCUGGAUCUAUGUCUAAGUUGUAACUCUUGCUUACCAAGACCACGAUAAUUCCUUCCCCAAAGCCCAGCAGUCCCCCAGCCCCGUGCAGCCCCAGCCUGCCUCCCACCGCCCAGCUGCCCGCAAUGCCCGCCAGCGGCCCCGGGGACACCAGCGGCUCCGCUCUGGAGCGGGAGGAGGAGCGCAAGGAGGGAGAGGAGCAGGAGGAGGCUCGUGCCAAGGAGGAGCGGCAGGAGCCCAGCACAACUGCCCGGAAGGUGGGGCGGCCUGGCAGGAAGCGCAAGCACCCCCCGGUGGAAAGCAGUGACACACCGAAGGACCCUGCCUUGACCUCCAAGUCCCUGUCCAUGGCCCAAGACUCAGGCCCCUCAGAGCUGUUACCCAACGGGGACUUGGAGAAGCGGAGUGAGCCCCAGCCAGAGGAGGGGAGCCCCGCUGGAGGGCAGAAGGGCGGGGCCCCAGCAGAGGGAGAGGGUGCCACUGAGACCCCGCCUGAAGCCUCCAGAGCUGUAGAGAAUGGCUGCUGCACCCCCAAGGAUGGCCGGGGAGCCCCUGCAGAAGAGGGCAAAGAACAGAAGGAGACCAACAUCGAAUCCAUGAAAAUGGAGGGCUCCCGGGGCCGGCUGCGGGGUGGCCUGGGCUGGGAGUCCAGCCUCCGCCAGCGGCCCAUGCCGCGGCUCACCUUCCAGGCGGGGGACCCCUACUACAUCAGCAAGCGCAAGCGGGACGAGUGGCUGGCACGCUGGAAAAGGGAGGCUGAGAAGAAAGCCAAGGUGAUCGCAGUAAUGAAUGCUGUUGAAGAAAACCAGGGGUCCACCGAGUCUCAGAAGGUGGAGGAGGCCAGUCCUCCCGCUGUGCAGCAGCCCACCGACCCUGCGUCCCCCACAGUGGCCACCACGCCUGAGCCCGUGGGCGCCGAUGCCGGGGACAAGAACGCCACCAAAGCAGCUGACGAUGAACCGGAGUACGAGGACGGCCGGGGCUUUGGCAUUGGGGAGCUGGUGUGGGGGAAACUGCGGGGCUUCUCCUGGUGGCCAGGCCGCAUUGUGUCUUGGUGGAUGACGGGCCGGAGCCGAGCAGCGGAAGGCACUCGUUGGGUCAUGUGGUUCGGAGACGGCAAGUUCUCAGUGGUGUGCGUGGAGAAGCUGAUGCCGCUGAGCUCCUUCUGCAGUGCUUUCCAUCAGGCCACCUACAACAAGCAGCCCAUGUACCGCAAGGCCAUCUAUGAGGUCCUGCAGGUGGCCAGCAGCCGAGCGGGGAAGCUGUUUCCAAUGUGCCAUGACAGCGACGAGAGCGACACUGCCAAGGCCGUGGAGGUGCAGAACAAACAGAUGAUCGAGUGGGCCCUGGGAGGGUUCCAGCCCUCUGGCCCCAAGGGCCUGGAGCCCCCAGAAGAGGAGAAGAACCCCUACAAAGAAGUUUACACAGACAUGUGGGUUGAACCCGAGGCAGCUGCCUAUGCGCCGCCCCCACCAGCCAAAAAGCCCCGAAAGAGCACAACGGAGAAGCCUAAGGUCAAGGAGAUCAUUGAUGAGCGUACAAGAGAGCGGCUGGUGUACGAGGUACGGCAGAAGUGCCGGAACAUCGAGGACAUCUGCAUCUCUUGUGGGAGCCUCAACGUCACCUUGGAACACCCUCUCUUCAUCGGAGGAAUGUGCCAAAACUGCAAGAACUGCUUCCUGGAAUGCGCGUACCAGUACGAUGACGACGGCUAUCAGUCCUACUGCACCAUCUGCUGCGGGGGGCGCGAGGUGCUCAUGUGUGGGAACAACAAUUGCUGCAGGUGCUUUUGCGUGGAGUGUGUGGAUCUCUUGGUGGGGCCAGGGGCUGCGCAGGCAGCCAUCAAGGAAGACCCCUGGAACUGCUACAUGUGCGGGCACAAGGGUACCUACGGGCUGCUGAGGCGGCGGGACGACUGGCCGUCUCGGCUCCAGAUGUUCUUCGCCAACAACCAUGACCAGGAAUUCGACCCUCCGAAGGUUUACCCACCUGUCCCAGCCGAGAAGAGGAAGCCCAUCCGGGUGCUGUCUCUAUUCGAUGGAAUCGCUACAGGGCUUCUGGUGCUGAAGGACUUGGGCAUUCAGGUGGACCGCUACAUCGCCUCCGAGGUGUGUGAGGACUCCAUCACAGUGGGCAUGGUGCGGCACCAGGGGAAGAUCAUGUACGUCGGGGACGUCCGCAGCGUUACACAGAAGCAUAUCCAGGAGUGGGGCCCGUUCGAUCUGGUGAUUGGGGGCAGUCCCUGCAAUGAUCUCUCCAUCGUCAAUCCUGCCCGCAAGGGACUCUACGAGGGCACUGGCCGGCUCUUCUUUGAGUUCUACCGCCUCCUGCAUGAUGCGCGGCCCAAGGAGGGAGAUGACCGCCCCUUCUUCUGGCUCUUUGAGAAUGUGGUGGCCAUGGGCGUUAGUGACAAGAGGGACAUCUCGCGAUUUCUCGAGUCCAACCCUGUGAUGAUUGAUGCCAAAGAAGUGUCAGCUGCGCACAGGGCCCGCUACUUCUGGGGGAACCUUCCUGGUAUGAACAGGCCAUUGGCAUCCACUGUGAAUGAUAAGCUGGAGCUGCAGGAGUGUCUGGAGCACGGCCGAAUAGCCAAGUUCAGCAAAGUGAGGACCAUUACUACUAGGUCGAACUCCAUAAAGCAGGGCAAAGACCAGCAUUUCCCCGUCUUCAUGAAUGAGAAAGAGGACAUCUUAUGGUGCACUGAAAUGGAAAGGGUGUUUGGCUUCCCUGUCCACUAUACCGACGUCUCCAACAUGAGCCGCUUGGCGAGGCAGAGACUGCUGGGCCGGUCGUGGAGCGUGCCGGUCAUCCGCCACCUCUUCGCUCCGCUGAAGGAAUAUUUUGCUUGUGUGUAAGGGACGUGAGGGCAAAUCGAGGUAGUGACACAAGGUUAAACAGACAAACAAAAAACACAAAACACAACAAAACACCAACAACGUGAGGAUGGAGAGAAGUAUCAGCACCCAGAAGAGAAAAAGGAAUUUAAAACAAAACAAACAAACCCCACAGAGGCGGAAAUUCCGGAGGGCUUUGCCUUGCAAAAAGGGUUGGACAUCAUCUCCUGAUUUUUCGAUGUUAAUCUUCAGUCCUAUUUAAAAACAAAACCAAGCUCCCUCCCUACCCCCACCCCCUUUUUUUCUGGUCAAACCUUUGUUUUCUACUCUUUUCAGAGGGGUUUUCUGUUUGUUUGGGUUUUUGUUUCUUGCUGUGACUGAAACAAGAGGGUUUAUUGCAGCAAAAAAAAAAAAAAAAAAUCAGUAACAAAAAAUAGUAACCAUACCUUGCAGAGGAAAGAUGGGAGAGAAGGAAAAAAAGGAAAUUCUAUAGAAAUCUAUAUAUUGGAAUUUUUUUUUUUUUUUACUAUAUAUCUUUUUUUUUGUUGUUGUCUCUAGCCUGAUCAGAUAGGAGCACAAGCAGGGGACAGAAAACAGACACUCAGGAGGCAGAGGCCCCUCCCAGCCACUGAGCUGUCUUGCCAGCACCAUUCCUGGUCAUGCAGAUCACAACCCAACUAGCAGCAGAGAGACGAGAACACCACACAAGACCCUUUUAUACAGUAUUCAGGUGCCUACCACACAGGAAACCUUGAAGAAAAUCAGUUUCUAGAAGCCGCUGUUACCUCUUGUUUACAGUUUAUAUAUAUAUGAUAGAAAUGAGAUAUAUAUAUAAAAGGUACUGUUAACUACUGUACAACCCGACUUCAUAAUGGUGCUUUACAACAGCGAGAUGAGUAAAAACAUCAGCUUCCACGUUGCCUUAUGUGCAAAGGGUUUUAACCAAGGAUGGAGAAAGGGAGACAGCUUGGAGGUGAAUCGUUUCCGUGGUGGGGUGUUUGAUUUCCCCUUGGUGUUUAACAAGGUGUGAAGGAGAAUUUGGGAACAGCGUUCUCCCGCUUCUCCCUGCCAAAAAAGGGGGGUGAGAUUCGGUGGUUGGGACCGUGGAAAGCUGAGAGUGGGAUCCAUCCAGGCUCACGCAAUAACCUUUUGAUUUUUUUUGAAAAGGAGACUCCCUCGGCAAGAUGGCAGGAUGAGGGGUCUUCAUUCCCAAUUUCUCACAUUAGCCGAUUUGAGGGCUCCUUGCGGUGGGAUCAGAAAAAAAAUCCAGAGUGUGGGCAAGUGACAAUUCAGACCCCACCUGGAGCAAAUAAAAAAACAUACAAAACGUACUGGUGCUCUCCUGUCUAAGUCGCUUUUUGUGUGUUCUUUUAUGAGGCCCCCGCCAUCCACCCUCUGUGCACAAGGCGGCUUCCAGCCCCUGGAAUGUGAUGUUUUUGGUCAUCUCCAAAGGCUGCAGUUUUAUACUGGGAGGCUGAUGACACCUUUUGUUAUAAUUAUUCUUAUGGUUCUGGUUAUAAUUAUGUUUGUUUUCAGAUUUUCUUUUAAGAAAACAAAAACCCAACCCCCCCUCCCUUUAGGUUUCAAACCAAGGUGCGGGGAGCAGGGUGCUUCGAAGUUAGUGGUGGCCCUGGUGCCCUGGCUCCCCACCCCUCGGGCCAGGUGGGCCACCAGGCGUGGUGGGCAACAGCUGAGCGGCCAGGGAGGGUGUCCCUGAGGCCGGCCUUCCGGGCGUAUCCCUCUUCUCUUCUGCUUCCCUCCUCUCGAGUCACGUGUGUCAGGGCUGGAGGGAGGACCAGGCCCCUCUCUCCUCGCGUGUGUGAUCGGAGUGGUGUGUAUUUUUUUUCUAGUACUUGGUCUGAUGAAAGCUGUGCUCUUACCUCGAGUCGGCAGCACCUGGAGCCCCAAGUGCACGACACUUGGUUCCGCUUCCCACCGAGGCAGGCGGCCUGGCGUUGGCGGUAGGCAGGGAUGGCGUGGGUGGCUCCAGGGUGAGGGCCCAACGGGCAGACGCCUGCCUGAAUAGAUGGGGUGUAGAUAUGUGGCAUAUAGAGAUAUAUAUUUUAUAAUGGGAGGGGGGAAUGGCACCUCCUGGGACUGGCAGGGCUGGGAGGUGUGCUGUCAAGCACAUGGUCCCAUGUUCGCAUCCCUAGAAAGAUAGGGCCUAUGGUGAUAGGCGCUAUAUAAAUACAUAGAUAGGGUCAUGUAUAAGAAAUAUUAUGUCGUGGGGAGUGGGGGAAGGAGGCUUAGAAGGCUGAGUCUCGGGCCCCACUGCAGACAAGCCCCACACCAAUCAAUCAGUCCCACACGCACACACAGGAACAUGUUUCUAUACCGAUGCAUAACAAAUGCACGUGCACACACACACACACACACACACACACAGCCAGGGAGCUCCCAGUGCUCUUCUCCCCAGGAUUCAGGACUUUGCGGAGUCGGCCCUGCAGCUCUUUACCUCUGUUGCCCUGUUUGCAGGUAGACUGUCAAUCCCAGAAGUUGCUAGGUGCUGAAGACAGGAAAAGGAGGAGGUUUUCUUUUAGCAGGUGCUCUCCUCUAGCAGGUAGCGUUCUAUCUCUUUUGCCCCUGGUGAUGUCAAAAGAUUCUUCUGUUAGCAACCUGUGACACUGACCUGCAACCCUAGGCACCAGUCAAGUCAGCCCUCAGCUCCCCCUACCUAUUCUCCCCCGUCCAAAAUGAAUCUGACGUCCAGGGCUGUCUUGGCCAGGGGGCUUCCAUUGGAAAGAAAUGGGACAGCAAACCUCAUCUUUGGAAUAAAGCAAAUUAGUAAUUUGUUAAAAAAAAAAAUUAACCAAGCUUUGAAUCCCUGCUCAUUGCUCAGGAGUAAGCUCACAGCUGGUGGCCAUGGUCUCCCACUCCUUUUAGGGGGUGCUUAGUCUCACACCCCAAGCUACUCAUUUCCUUAUCAGAUUGGUUUUUAAGAUCAUACCCAGUUGCUUCCUGCCAGCUCCAUGUCGUGAUGGCAGGUGGUGACGGUGGGCUCCCCGGGGGCUGGAGCAGCUGGUGGGGGGGGGGUGUUCCCUCUGCCCCUCCCUCAUUGGAGUCUGUACCCAACUGUGGUGCUCACCCUGACCCCCUCCUCCAGCCAGGUUCCAUCUUCCCGGCCCGGAGCCCACCAGCACAACUCUGGAGGGCGGGGGAGGAGGGCUGCGCAGACAGUCCAAGGUGCUCCCUCCCCUGGUGGCGGCCGAUGCUAAGGUCUUCCCAGCCCGUGUCAGGACUGUCUCUUCCUCUGCGGACCUUCUGCUCUGCUAGGCUAUGUGUCUGUGUGCAGGAGUUUGCUUUUCCCAGUGGCCCAAGUUCCAUCCAGGGAGCUUGCAUGGGGAAGAAACUUGGUAGCCAAGGUUGUGGCAAGCCUUGAGGGGUCAGCGUGGGCCAGCCAGCUUGCUUGUUGUGGCUGAUCCUUUUUUCUUCUGGUCUGGCAACCUGACUUGGCCAGAGGCCCCCUUGCAGGGAUGAGCAUUAACAAUUGCCAGCUUUUCUUCCAGCCACACCCGGGGGCUUGGUCCCACAGUAGAACUUGGCAAGUCCCAAGGGGACCUUGGGAAUGUGCCAACUUGGCCAGGCUGGGGUGCUCUUCACAAUCUCCUUCCAACCCCUGGGGUGCCUCUGGGUAUACCUUCUAAAGGAGAGUUGUGCUUGGACAGGCCUGGUCAAGGUUGUGCGUGGAUUAAGGUGGGGGAUCAUUGGUAGAGGCAGUGCAGUGGGAGAAACCAGGAAGGCCUUUGGAAAAUUCUGGAGCAUGUUCUUGGUGGAGUUUUGUUUCUCUUGAGCAGGCUCAUUUACAAAUUCCUGGAAAUGGGGGUUUCCAGGGACUUAGGGUGGUACCCCCUACUUACUGCAGGUGCCAAGUGGAGUGUGGUGCCAAAGAGAUCCGUGGCUCUGGGCUGGGGGAACUGGCCGAGGUCACAGAGCUGGGGGUUGCCUGCCCAAGGAGGAAGCUGGUCCUCGGCCAUAAGCUGCUGUACUCUGGGGGCCUCGAGCUGGUUGGUGCUGACCCCCUUCCCUGGGGACCAGCCGAAGCACGUAGGCUGGGGAGCCGGGGGUGAAGGCUGGUGGGGUCUUGUAGUCAGAGGACAGCCACCCAGGUGUGCCACUGUCUGUUUUUCUUUCUUAGACCUCAGGAUCUUCCUGCUGUUGAACAUUCUAGAAAUACUUCCCAAAAGAGUAUAGGGGGCCACUUUGCUUUUGAGAUGGGCCUGGGACAGGUUGGCUGGCGAAGGUGCCUGUGUGGGUUUUUAAUGAGUUUGUACGAUGCGGAUUGGGAGAGGCCGACCCAGCAGGAAGGAAGGCUAGUGGACAUUGAACUAGUCUCCCCCUACUUCCCGAGCAAUUGGCAAUUCUGGGGAAACCUCGAUGGGAAUAGCCCACCAUCUCCAGCACAGGAUGGUGUACAACAGGAACAAGGAAAGGAUUCUUUCAGCAUUGCCAUCCAGGGAGUAGUCUUAGUCUUCAUCUCACGGAUGACAUAAGUUAUAUAUAAAGUGGGUCUCGGAGGCAGUUUUGAAUUCCUGUUGUCCUGCCUGGUGCAGAGAUGCUGUGGCAAGGGUGUCUUUAAGAGGUGUCAUUUUCAGGGAACUUGCAGGGUUAGGGCCAUGGGACCUGCCUGGCACCGCGAUCAGAUCUGACGAGAGCUGGUUGUUACUUGUGGUUAGCAGAGCCCAGAUGCUGGUGAGAACUGGGUUUCUAGCCAGGCCCUGUUUUGAUCCUGGGCAAUGAGGAAUCUGAAUUUGUCAUCAGGCAGGGUCUAGUCUGGACGCUUCCAGCGCUUGUGGUCAGAGAUGACACUGGAGUUGUCCAGCUCUCUUUUCCUCCACCUUUGGAGGGAUGGCGUGGAGCUGGAAUCCCCCCCCCUCCCCCACCCGGCUGUUCCCUGCUGGGGCAAGGAUUAACCACAAGUGUUUGGAGGAUCUAAGAGGAAAGAGGAUAGGAUUAUAUCAAGGAUGGACUCCACUGUUCUAGCAGAAGCUCUUGGAUCUUUACAUUUUGGUAAAGGAAGGCUGGGGUCUUUAGGAUGUGAGGUCAGCCCCUCUUGCACUGUGUGUUCCAGAGACCCAGCUGAGCGGGCCUUUGGUUGGCCACCACCUGUUCACCGCUGGCCCUCGACAGUGGAGUCCAGGGGAGAGGGACAGACAAGCAGGUCAGAAGCAGUGAGGACAAGGAUGGAAGGUCCUUGGCUGGUCAUGACUGGCGGAAAUCGCCCUGGCGGAAGCCCCCAGACUCCUGUAACUCCCCUAACUGGAAUACUCCCCCGAGGGGCAUGGGAGGGUGGCUUUCUCAACCUCCAGUCUCAUGGCCUCCAGCCCUGGGCCCGAGAACAUGAGCAGGGAUCCGAAAGCAUCACCUGAGUCCCAUUUCACUUCACAGACUGAUUUGGUAGCACAGCCCUAGAAUCCAACCAACCGCAAAAAUACCGAAAUUCCUUAGAAUACGCAGAGGGAGGAGGUGACUCAACAAGGUGCUAAAACAUUUUAUUAAAAAUAUAUAUUGUUAAAUUAAGUCUGCUGUCUGGACAAUGACUGUUUGUUUUGUUUUCUUGUAGUGGAGUUUAAAAGAGACUAUUAUUUUACUCUGAUAUAUUAUUAUUAAAAAGGCAUUUUAACUUUGUACUUGAAAACUAAAUGAGCGAUUUCAUGUGUUUUAGCUGAGGCAUUGAAGUAGCGGGUGCUUACUUAUUUGUGGGAAAUCAUGUAUUCAUACUGAAGAAUAAACUCCGUAGCUGAUUUGGUAAUAACUUUUACUGUUACAGACGAUUUCGCUUUGACCCCGGCGGGAGAACACUUUGACUGCACAUUCCACGCAGCUAAAUGCAGGACUUACUCCCCGACCCUUCCCUUCCCGGCCCUCUUUCCUUUUUCUUCAGUUCCUCUUCUGACUCUUUGUUGUUGUUGUUGUUUUUUUUUCUUCCUGGUUCCAGCAUCCUUUCACCACUGUAUUUUUUUUUUUUUUUAGGGUUGCUUCUCUAUUUAUUGACAAUAAUAAUGUACAUUUCACAGUCUGGUUCUGGGACAUCGGGGAGGGGGUGUGAGAAGGCCCUGCGUGGGUCCCCACCACCACGCCCCCAUGUCCUGUUGUAUCUCUGUGUAAGUGAUGCUCGUGACAUAGCUGUUAUGAAAUAAUUAUAAAGAGGUCAGUGCGUACAGCAGAUGUAGAAAGUCUGUCAAUUCCGCCUUCAUCACAUUUUUUUUUUUGUGCCCAGAAGAAUAUAAUAAAGCUCCUUUCUAAUGUACUUGUGCUGGAGAACACUUGAAUAAAUGGACUGUUUUUGUGCAAAAAGAAAAACGGAAAAA